CGGCUGCGGGUGCGGCGAGUCCUGGCCGAGGGAGGAUUUGCAUUUGUAUAUGAAGCUCAAGAUCUGGAAAGUGGCAGAGAGUAUGCAUUAAAGAGGUUAUUGUCUAAUGAAGAGGAAAAGAACAGAGCCAUCAUUCAAGAAGUUUGCUUCAUGAAAAAACUUUCCGGCCACCCCAACAUUGUCCAGUUUUGUUCCGCAGCGUCAAUAGGGAAAGAAGAGUCGGACACGGGGCAGGCUGAGUUCCUCUUGCUCACAGAACUCUGUAAAGGGCAGCUGGUGGAAUUUUUAAAGAGAAUCGAAUCUAAAGGCCCUCUGUCGUGUGACACCGUCCUGAAGAUAUUUUAUCAGGCGUGCAGAGCAGUGCAGCACAUGCACAGACAGAAGCCACCCAUCAUUCACAGAGACCUCAAGGUUGAGAACUUGUUGGUUAGUAACCAGGGGACCAUUAAGCUGUGUGACUUUGGCAGCGCCACAACCAUCUCGCAUUGUCCUGACUACAGCUGGAGCGCCCAGAAGCGCGCGAUGGUGGAGGAAGAGAUCACAAGGAACACAACGCCCAUGUAUAGAACGCCAGAAAUCAUAGACUUGUAUUCGAACUUCCCUAUCGGCGAGAAGCAGGAUAUCUGGGCCCUGGGCUGCAUCUUGUACCUGCUUUGCUUCCGUCAGCACCCUUUUGAGGAUGGAGCAAAACUUCGAAUAGUCAACGGGAAGUACGUGAUUCCUCUGAACGACACCCGGUACACAGUCUUCCAUGACCUCAUCCGUGCCAUGCUGAAGGUCAACCCAGAGGAGCGGCUGUCCAUCGCGGAGGUGGUGCACCAGUUGCAGGAGAUUGCGGCCGCCAGGAAUGUGAACCCCAAGUCACCCAUCACAGAGCUCCUGGAGCAGAAUGGGGGCUUUGGGAACAUUGCACCUUCCCGAGGGCCAGCCCCUCCCAUGGGCCCCGUGAGCAGCGGCUACAAUGGAGGCCUGGCUCUAGUAGAAUACGACCAGCCCUAUGGCGGGUUCCUUGACAUCCUGCGGGGUGGGACGGAGCGGCUUUUCACCAAUAUCAAGGACACCUCCUCCAAGGUCAUCCAGUCUGUUGCCAAUUAUGCGAAGGGCGAUCUGGACAUUUCUUACAUCACAUCCAGAAUUGCGGUGAUGUCGUUCCCUGCGGAAGGCAUGGAGUCAGCAAUCAAAAACAACAUAGAGGAUGUGCGGCUGUUUCUGGACUCCAAGCAUCUGGGGCACUAUGCCGUGUACAACCUGUCCCCGAGGACGUACCGGGCCUCCAAGUUUCACAACCGAGUCUCUGAAUGUGGCUGGGCAGCCAGGCGGGCACCAAACCUUCACACCCUGUACAGCAUUUGCAGGAACAUGCACUCUUGGCUCAAGCGUGACCACAGGAACGUCUGUGUGGUGCACUGUAUGGAUGGGAGAGCUGCGUCUGCUGUGGCCGUCUGCUCCUUCCUGUGCUUCUGCCGUCUCUUCAGCACCGCAGAGGCCGCUGUGUACAUGUUCAGUAUGAAGCGCUGCCCACCAGGCAUUUGGCCGUCCCACAAAAGGUACAUCGAGUACAUGUGUGACAUGGUGGCGGAGGAGCCAAUCACGCCCCACAGCAAGCCGAUCCUGGUGAAGGCCGUGGUCAUGACCCCCGUGCCGCUGUUCAGCAAGCAGAGGAAUGGCUGCAGGCCCUUCUGUGAGGUGUAUGUGGGGAGCGAGCGUGUGGCCACCACGUCCCAGGAGUACGAUAAGAUGAGGGACUUUAAGACUGAGGAUGGCACAGCAACCAUUCCCCUGGGCAUCACAGUCCAAGGAGACGUGCUCAUCGUCCUCUACCAUGCAAGGUCCACGCUGGGUGGCAGGCUGCAGGCCAAGAUGGCAUCCAUGAAGAUGUUCCAGGUUCAGUUCCACACCGGCUUUGUGCCUCGGAAUGCGACCACUGUGAAAUUCGCCAAGUAUGACCUGGAUGCCUGUGACAUUCAGGAGAAGUAUCCGGAUCUGUUCCAAGUGAACCUGGAGGUGGAGGUGGAGCCUAGGGACAGGCCAAGCCAGGAGGCCCUGCCAUGGGAGAGCGCCAACAUGCGGGGACUAAACCCCAAGAUCCUGUUUUCCAGCCGGGAGGAGCAGCAGGACAUUCUGUCUAAAUUUGGGAAGCCGGAGCUCCCCAGGCAGCCUGGCUCCACGGCUCAGUACGAUGCUGAGGCGGGGGCCCUGGAGGCUGAGCCUACAGAGUCGGAUUCUCCACAGAGCAGCAGCACAGACACCAACCACUUCUUGCACACGCUGGACUGGCAGGAGGAGAAAGAGUUAGGGACCGGUGCAGAAGACCCCUCUUCUCAGGAGAGUCACUCCGUCCUUGUUGAAGACAGAGACGACAGCGAAGUGUCUGAAGCAGAAGAGUCGCUCUUCCCGAGUGAGAGCCGGGAGCCGAGGGCUGGAGAGGGCCAGCCGGGCCCAGCAGCACAGGCAGGGCAGCAGGAGCCUGCGACGCAGGAGCAGGAGGAGGACGGUGUUGACCUCCUGGGGCUGCAUGUGGAGGCAGGCCCGGGGCUGAUUACCCCCUCCCAGGCCCCUGGGGCCCCCUCCAGCAACGCCGACCUGCUCAACCGCCUUCUGGGGCCCCCUGAGGCUGCUCCAGAAGAGCCCCCAGACGAUCUGCUGGGAGGCGAGACCCCCCUGCUCCUGGCAAGCCCAGCCACCCCCCUGGGCAUGUGCAGCACUCCGAGAACAGGGCUGCCCGCCACUGCCGACCCGUUUGACCCCUUCCUGCUGUCCUCUGAUGCCAACAUCCAGCCCUGCUCCAAGCCUGAUGUCUUUGGCGAGUUCCUCAAUUCAGACUCCUCGGCUGCCCCACCUGCCUUCCCGUCCACCCACAGUGCUCCGCCCCCACCCUGCAGCACCGACUUCCUGCACCUGGGGGACUUGCCUGUAGAGCCCGGCAAGAUGACGGCCUCCUCCAGCCACCCGGAUCUGCUGGGAGGAUGGGACGCCUGGGCGGAGGCUACAGCUCCUGGGCCGGCCCCCACGCCAGCCACAGAUGGCCCCCUCUUCACUCCUGGAGGUCAGCCAGCCCCGCCUGGCCCCCAGGCCAGCCGGACUAAGGCUCAGAGCCUGGACCCAUUUGCCGACCUUGGUGACCUUAGCUCCAGCUUCCAAGGCUCGCCUGCUGGGCUGCUUCCUGGGAGCUUCGUUCCCAAGAUGGGACCCCCUCCCAAGGGCAGUGGCUCCUGGCAGACCAGUCAGCUGCCGGCCCAGGGCACCUCGUGGUCCCCCCAGGCCAAGCCGCUGCCCAAGGCCUGUGCACAGCCAAAGCCUAACUAUGUGGCAAACUUCAGCGUGAUUGGGGGGCGAGAGGAGCGGGGGGUCCGCAUCCCCAGCUUUGCUCAAAAGCCGAAAGUCUCAGAGAACGACUUUGAAGAUCUGUUGUCCAACCAGGGCUUCUCCUCCAAGUCUGACAAGAAGGGGCCAAGGACCAUCGCAGAGAUGAGGAAGCAAGACCUGGCCAAGGACACAGACCCACUUAAGCUGAAGCUCCUGGACUGGGUUGAGGGCAAGGAGAGGAACAUCCGCGCACUGCUGUCCACACUGCACACGGUGCUGUGGGACGGGGAGAGCCGCUGGACGCCUGUGGGCAUGGCCGACCUGGUGACGCCGAGCCAGGUGAAGAAACAGUACCGCCGCGCUGUGCUGGCCGUACACCCUGACAAGGCCACAGGGCAGCCGUACGAGCAGCAUGCCAAGAUGAUCUUCAUGGAGCUCAACGACGCCUGGUCGGAGUUUGAGAACCAGGGCUCCCGGCCCCUCUUCUGAGGCCCGCGACGGCUGCUGCUGCAUGUGUGGCUCACGGAGCUGAGGGCUGCUGGGCCUGACUGCGAGGCCUGUCCUGCAGCAGGUGCGCUAUGGGCGGCUGUAUCGGUCGUCACCCACUCCCGCUGUCCCUCCAUCAACUGGGACGCCGUCAUUUCAUUGAUGAGAAGAGAAAGCAUUCCAAAGCCUCCGAUUCUUGUCUUGUUUUCCUUCUUCUUGUCCCGAAGGAGGUGUUGAUUCACGCUCCUCCUGUGGUUGCCACAGCUUGUGAUUCAUUUGGUGUUUGGUGACCUUCGCCUCUGAGAGCCUCUGCUCUUGGUUGACUGUGCUGCUCGGCCAUCCUUUCUCCGAAUCUGAAGGUGUCGUGCACAUCUCCCGUUGUAAUCAGUCUGAUGAUCGUCUGUACAUAAUUAAACUAUUUUCUGAUGACU